AUGACCGCCGCCAAACCCACGAUCGUCCUCGUCCACGGGGCCUGGCACACGCGCCCGAGCUACCGCCGUUACAUCGACGAUCUAACGGCGCACGGAUUCACCGUCUACUGCCCGCAGCUACCCUCCUGUAGCCUCAGCCGCCCGCCCGUGGCCGGCUACGCCGACGACGUGGCCGCCGUGCGCCGCACCGUCGAGCCCCUCGUCAACGCCGGGCAGCGCGUCCUAAUACUCAUGCACUCCUACGGCGGCAUCGUCGGCACCGACGCCGUCGCCAACCUGACCUGGCCCGAGCGCCAGGCGCAGAACCUCCCCGGCGGCGUCGUGCACCUGGUCUACCUGUGCGCCUACAUCGUGCGACCCGGUGCCUCCGUCCUCAGCGUCUGCCAGGAGGCCGGCAUGAUGCAUCUCUGGCCGCAGUGGGUGGAGAACGCCGACGACGGGACCACCUUCCCCGUCGACCCCGUCUUGAUGUUCCUCGGCGGCGUCGACCGCACCCUCAUCGACGAGGCCCUGUCGCAUCUGGUGCGCUCGCCGCAUGACGUCUUCAUGACGCCCGCCGAGGGCGACGCCUGGAAGAAAAUCCCCGGGACGUAUGUCCUCACGCAGAACGACUACUCCGUCCCCCGGAUCUACCAGGACCUGAUGCUCAAGAAGGUCCGGGAGGACGGCGUCGAGAUGCGGCUGCUGGACUACAACACGGGCCACUCCAUUUUCUUGACCAUGCCGGACGAGAUGGUCCAGUUGAUCGAGGAGGCGGCGGUGGAUGAGCGGAAUCCGAGGUAA